GAGCUGCGGAAAGCACGACGGUGCGCUGGUAGUUGCAACGCUUCAGAGGACGUCCGAGUUGCCCGGCGCGGUUGGGGCCAAGACCUGAAGCUGCAGCGCUGCGGGAGAGGUCCGCGGGGGCGCUCGGCUCGGGCAGCUUCACUUGUCCCGCCGCUCGAGAACUGGAGAGCAGCUGCUCGCGAUGAGGAGGGGAGCGGGCCUAGGGCGGAGCGGCCUCGUCCCCCGGGCCUAAGCGCCCACCCGCUGCAGCCGAGGGGACGUCCCCGACCCACCUGGGCUUCCGGCCAUGGGUGCUCGGUGAAUAGGCGGCGUGGGGAGUCGAGGACCUGUGCCACUUCGGAAGGUAAUGCUGGCUCAGUUUUGAGUGGCCCGGGGAGAGCGAAGAAACCCUAAAAUGGAGGACUUUACUACCAGGACCUACGGCACCAGUGGCCUGGACAACAGACCUCUGUUCGGAGAGACGUCGGCCAAGGAUCGAAUCAUCAAUUUAGUUGUUGGCAGCUUAACAUCUUUAUUGAUUCUAGUAACAUUGAUCAGCGCUUUUGUUUUCCCUCAACUACCUCCAAAACCACUGAAUAUAUUUUUUGCUGUCUGCAUCUCUUUGAGUAGUAUUACUGCCUGCAUACUUAUCUACUGGUAUCGACAAGGAGACUUAGAACCGAAAUUCAGAAAUCUAAUUUACUAUAUCCUAUUUUCGAUCAUCAUGUUAUGUAUAUGUGCGAACCUGUACUUCCACGACGUGGGGAAGUGAGGCCGCCCAGGGGAAACACUCACCAGGUCUCUCUCUGCAAAGCUGUCUCUUGGACUGUGAGUAAGAGCUGGGGCAGGCGUGCUGAAGAAUCUCCUGUGCAAGUCUGAUACAUGAUUUUCAUGUUAACUGUAAAUCUUAAAUUCCCUCUUGCAGGGGAGACGUAUCCUAGAUUGCUUUGCUUUUUUCUUUAAGGAGCUGAUGUUGCACUCAAACAUUCCAAACCUUAAAGCUCGAACAGCACAAGCAAUUUUCACUUUUGAAAUUAAAAUUUUUUAUAAUGUAGGUGCAUGGCGAAAGGCUAUGUAACAAUCUUGCAUUUUAAGACAAAUAUUCUUUUAUUUCUGUUAAACUGAAUAUACAGUUGUUCCCUAGGCAACCAACUUUUGCUUAUAACUACAAUUAAAUUUCACAUUAACAAAACACAGACGGUGAAAAGACACUUUGAUUGUGAAGAUCUAAUUACAGUAAUAAAUAAAAUAAUUUAUACAAGGUU